AUGUUGUUUAAAAUAUGGCGAUUCGUAUCUUGCAUCACUGUGUUGUCACACAUAGGUGUUCAGUUUGAGGGAAGCAACGACGUUGGUGUAUUCUCGAAAUUGACCAAUAAAUAUUGCUUGGUUUGCAGAGGAGGAUCUGAAAACUUUUACGGAGCGUUCGAAACCGAGCUAGCCGAUCAUAUUCCUGUCGUCCACACCUCGAUCGCUGGCUGCCGUUUUGUUGGCCGUGUAACUGCUGGUAAUAAGAAUGGCCUUCUGGUACCCAUUUCCACCACAGACACAGAGCUGCAGCAUAUCCGUAAUGCUCUUCCUGAUGAAGUGGUGGUACAACGAAUUGACGAGCGUCUGUCAUCGCUUGGCAAUCUUAUCGCCUGCAACGAUCACGUCGCGUUGCUGCAUACAGAUUUAGAUCGAGAAACGGAGGAAAUCGUUUCGGAUGUGCUCGGCGUGGAAGUAUUCCGCCAGUCGAUUGCUGGAAACGCGCUCGUCGGUAGUUACUGCGUCUUCACAAAUCAAGGAGGAUUGGUGCACCCCAGCACUACGAUGGCUGAAAAGGAAGAGCUGUCCUCUCUCCUCCAGGUCCCGCUUAUUGCGGGAACUGUAAAUCGUGGAUCCGAUGUAAUCGGAGCAGGACUUGUCGCUAAUGAUUGGACUGCGUUCUGCGGUUACGACACGACGUCUACGGAGAUUACGGUGGUGGAGGAGAUUUUCAAGCUCGGAGGCAAUACUACGAGUGCCAUGGAUUCGGUGAAGAACUACUUGUUUGAGGACAUUUAUUGCAGUGUUUGUUUGACUAGACGAAAACAUGAUGAGAGGGCCUAUCUCCAUGGACGAGACGCGUCCAAAGCGGUUGAAGCUACGGAAUGCAGUUGUGGCGGAGAUGGUUGA